UACCGGUAAUUUUAAAUAAAAGAUCUGAGUACUUCUUCCACCAGUGGUUAUAAUACAAAAAUAAAUUAAUUAAUUAUUUAAAAAAAACAUUUAAACACAAAAUAAGCGUUUACCUAACGACACAAUACCAUAUCAAUAUAUUAAAAUAAUAUUUAAAUAAAUACAUUAAAAAUAAAUAAAAACACCGUAAAACCACGCCUUUAAGAGACAUUUUUACGGCUGCACCACGUGACCCGGCUGUCAAAUAUGGCCCCCUCCUUCUGGGUGUGAGAGAAGCGACAGCUGACAAAGGAAAGAAAUCUGUCAAAAAAGGACGUCUCCGGUUCAUUUUAUCACCGCGCCUCCGUCCAGACAACACUGCACUUAUGAGACAUCCUCAGCAAGUGAAAAGUGGCUGCCAAAUGAUGAAGUGUGCCAGGGAGAGGAAGUGACAGAAGAGGCCUUCAUUGUUGCAGACCAUCUGUUCAGACCCACCCUCCCCUCUCCGUCCUCCACCCUGCAGCCAUGCAGAUCAAUGCCGUGCUCGUGGAGUCCUCUGUGGUCCUGGCCGUGCUGCUGUGCGUCCACAUGGUGGUGUGGAACCAGCACUCCUGGUGCAGCAUCGCCCUCUUCAUCCAGGCUUUCUACGUGCAGCACAAAUGGGACCGUCUGCUCAGGUCGGGGGGCGCCGUGUUCCAGUUCCGCCCCGCAGCGAACAGCGGCAUCGUCCCGGCCUCCAUGGUGAUGCCUCUACUGGGGCUGGCGCUGAGAGAAAAGUGCUCCGCCUCAGGGAAUGUCUACUUUGAGCGCUUCUCCAUGGUGGUCACCAUCACGGGCAUGAUGCUGGCUCUCUUUCUCUCCCUGAUUGCGCUGGGCAUCACCAGACCCGUCCCCACCAACACCUGUGUGAUCGCGGGCAUGGCCGGCUGCGCGAUCCUCUACACGACGAAGCAGACGCUGACCGUCUCCGAGGUCAUCGAGGUCUUAGAGGUGCUGCUGAUCUUCGUCUAUCUCUGCCUGAUUGUGCUCUACCUGCUGCCGCGCUGCUUCACGCCCGGAGAGGCGCUCCUCAUCGUCGGUGGAAUCAGUUUCAUCGUCAACCAGCUCAUCAAGCGCUCUCUGAACCUUGCAGAGGUCAAAGGUGACCCGGUGAACUAUUUCCUGCCGGUCGUAGUGGUGGGCUCGCUGCUGCUGGGAGUUUUCUUCGCCCUGCUCUUCUGCUUCAUGGAGUCAGAGACCUGGGUUUCCUCUCUUUUCUUCCACAUGAUGACGGCCGUUCUGGGUCUGGGAAUCCUCAUGCCGUGGCUCUCCCUGUUCAUCGGUCGCCACCCGCUCAUGUGGCUGUUGGACUUUAUCACGUUGAACGACAGAAGACUUUGCCUGCUUGGGUACUGGGUGUUUCUGGCGGUCGUGGCCACAUGUGUUGUGUUGCACCAGAACUACCAGCGCCAGUCUGGGUCCAAGAAGCAUCAAGCCUCGACUGUCGUCCGGAAGUACUUUCAUCUGAUCGUUGUGGCCACAUAUGUCCCAGGACUGAUUUACGACAGGCAGCUGCUUCACGUGGCGUCUGUGGGUUGCUUGGCGAUUUUCUUGUUCCUGGAGUACGUGCGUUACUUUCGGAUCCGGCCGCUGGGUCAGCUGCUCAGGCAGCUGCUCACAUUGUUCCUGGACGAGCGGGACUCUGGGCCUCUAAUCCUGACUCACGUUUACCUGCUGCUGGGCAUGUCCCUGCCCAUAUGGCUGUUCCCUGGGCCCUGCGCCCCUAAAGGGAUACUCCCCGGUGCAGGCGGGCUGGUGCCUUAUGCAGGUGUGCUGGCCGUGGGGGUCGGAGACACUGUGGCGUCCGUGUUCGGCAGCACCAUGGGAGAGAUCCGCUGGCCCGGCACCAAGAAAACCAUGGAGGGGACUGCGACAUCCGUGUUCGCCCAGAUCAUCGCUGUGGCCAUGUUCCUCAUCUUUGAUGGGAGCAUCAAUCUGAACUCCACCUACUCGUGGAUCGUUGGCUCUAUCACUCUGGUGGCCAUGUUGGAAGCCUACACAUCUCAAAUAGACAACCUCUUCCUCCCACUCUACCUCUUCAUCCUGCUGUUGCUUUGACUGGACAGAUGGCACAAACAAAAACAGAUCCCUCCCACUGCCCUCUGCUCUUUCUGGGGGUUAGAAAGAAUGAUUAAUUUGGGGGAAAAAAUGUAAGAAACAUGAAAAAAUAUGAUUGAAGUCCCUUUAGGAAUCAGUGGGCUGAUCAGCACAAGAAAAAUAAUAGUUAAAGGGGACAUAUUAUGCUCAUUUUCAGGUCCAUGUUUUGUAUUUUGGGUUUCUACUUGCCCAUGUUUACCUGCUUUAUUGUUGUUUUCUCAUACUGCCUGUCUGAAUAUAUCUGUAUUGACCCUCUGUCUGAAACACAAGAAAUUGUCUCUUUAAGUCCUCCUCACAAAAAAGGCUCUGUCUGCUCUGAUUGGUCAGUAUUUCCAGGAGAAAUAACGCCUUCAGGACCUUCUGCCAGAAAGCCUUUCUAAGACGGUUAAUGUUGUGAAAGGUUCUAUUUUGACCCUAAACCUUACGAUGUAAUUGUGGUCCCUAAACCUAAUAUGCGUUCAAUUUGAACUGGGAAGUCAAAGUUCUAGUCCUGGAUCGCCCCCUAAAGUCUGAUUUUUGACUUGCAAACUCAGAAGAACCUCACCACCUCAACCUCAUAAUCCAAUAUAGUUGCUCCACACAUUAAUAGUAGUUAAAGCAGUACAAAUGUAUGGUUUAUAAGCACUUAUGUUAAUUAUUAUCUUAAUUGUGUCAUUAAAUCAAUCAAUUAAAACUUCUCUUUGUGGACACACUGCCACAAUAUUUGUAUGCGCCAAAUACGGCAUAAUGCAUUUAUCAACUGGUAUUGCCUCUAAUGGCUAAUCUGGCUUGAUGUAAACCCCAUUUUUUCCAACCCUGUAAAAUAAUGGUAUCAAAACUUGUACUGAAAUGCAGUUAUCUCGGGUGUGACGUUAUUGCCAGCUCUGACUUCCAAUGUCUGAGGUAAAUGGGACGCGGCACUUACCAAAAUGCAACUGAAAACUGUAAAAAACAUAACGGAAAAUAAUAAGUCGACUAAGUCUGGUAUAUCGCAGACAAAACCCCCAGUCUUCUCUGUAACAAGUCCUGUUUUUGACCCUUUUAUCCACCACAAGUCUUUUCUGUACUUUGUCGCUUAUACUACUACAAAAGCUUUCUGGCAAAAGGCGUAUCUCCUAUGUGCUUAAGCCGUGUAAAUACCUGUUUUCUGAUUUAGGCAGCCCCCAAAAGUGAAUCUCAUUUAACAGUUUGUAGGUUGGUAACAACUCCAGAGUUUUUCAUAAUAUGUCCCCUUUAGGAGCUGACUGCUUCAUCAAGCCAGGUAGUUGUUUCAAAAAACCAAUGGGGAGCAAAAAAAAAAAUUUGCUCCUUCCUUUAUGUGGCAGCAGACAUGAUGUUCGCAUGACAUCACAGUCUGUGACCCUCAGAUCACAAGUCAUUCUAGUAUUGGUUGCUUUGAGGAACGAGACGAUCAUUUCAGAAUAUACGCUACAAAGAAACGUGAGUUGCUCGAUAUUCUUUGCGUCUACAGUGACAGCGCUGGUGUUUGGUUUCUGUGACACUAACAACUCUUGAAUUAUGCAACAGGAGACGAGCAGACAAGUGGAUAAAUGUCCUUAAAACACUUCCGGACAGCACAGACGCUGCUAAAUGACACAUCUUUGAUCACCAAUGAGAACGUUUUUCCUAUCUUGUCCCUUUUUUUUGCAAACGGAUACACACCUUUGUAUUGCCUUUGAAGAACAUUAUUUAAAGUUAGCUUAUUGAUAUGUCUUUUUCUUGAUCAACGUUUUUGUUAUUAGAUUAUUUUGCCUCCCCGAUGGCAAUAUGAAAGACUGAACUGCUGAAAGUAUUUGCCUUAAGAAGUAUAUUUUCUAUCACACAUUACCUGCUAUUGUAGAUGAAAGCAUGACGGCCCGUCUCAACUCUUCUUUAUAAGGGCUGAUUUAUACUUCAGUAUGGCAGAAACUCACUAUGCUCUUGCAUGACACUAAUGUGAAAAUCAGUACUGUAACAUGUACACAGGUAACCUACAGAAUAUUUUGUUUGAGGUUUGAUGGGACCCCUUAAUAGGUACACUUAAUCUAUACAUUUCCUUGUGAUACUGAGCCUUCAAACCUGCAUAUUUUUGGAUUCUGUAGAUAUGCUUUGGGCCAAAAUGAUGAACAAAGGCCAUUUCCUUUUUUAAAGCAACUUUCUUUUGCAACAAUGUCUCAAUUUUACUGAAUAUUUGCUUUAUAGAAAUGUCAUCAGGUUUCAUCUCAUCAUUCUUAGAUGAGGAUCAGUUCAAUUUAGAACCUGAAAUUUUGUUUUCAGCAUGAAUUAUUUAACGGCCUUAUGGUUUAUGUUGAUCUGUAAUUGGUGUUUUUUUUAUGUUGUAACAAUUUAUCAGCAUGAUCUUACUAGUACGUUGUUUUUGCCAUCAUCCUUACAUUUAGAAAAAUGUAAUAUUGCAUGUUGAGUGCAUCAGAGAAGAAAGAUAAAACUGAAAUGCCUCCUAUUUUAUUCAAUUUGAGAAGCAGAAACUGUGUGGAGAGAUUGAAAAACAAUUAUUUGGUUUCUCAGUUUGAUUUUUAACUUAAGAGGUUUGGAUAUCAUUGUUGAUAGUCAUUCACAGAAAUUUUAGUAGUUUAUCCAUUUAAGUUGUGUCUUAACAUGAACAUACUUGAAAAUAGAAUUGCUUAUCGUUUGUCUGUAUAAAAAUAGGAAUCUGCCAUCUUGUUUUGACAUAAAUUUGAAAAGAUGACAAUGAAGAAGAAUGAGAAUGUUAAUGAGGAGCUGCUGAAUAAAUGUGUUAAAUUGUGA